AUGAGCCACAAAAGCAGUCAAUCGGGAAGUGCACCCGAUACGGUGACGAUAGCCGUGCUUGGUGUGAGUGGUACGGAACGAGUUAAAGGUGCCUAUGGGGCGGAUUUUAGCGGAUCACCAGUGAUCAAUAACGAUCAUUGGUUGUAUUGGGGUGAAGCAUUGCUCAACAACGAUGACCUUUAUGCUAAUGCUAACGUCAGAUUAAUCGAACAAACCGAAUUUGUGGACGAUGAGACGUUCGAAGCGCUGUCUGGUGCGAAUGAGGAAUAUGCGAAACGUGCAACCAGAUUGAAAUUGGAAAGUGCUGAUAAAUUGAUGUAUAUUUGUAAGGUGAAUUGUCAGCAUAUUAUAUCGUUGUUGAUUAUUUCAUUAGCGCUUUGA